CAAAAUCGUGAAAAGCAGUAAAUCAUUGCAUAGUCUGCUAAUUUAUUUUAAAAUUCUGCACGACGAAUUUGAAGAACAGGUCAUUCCCAAUUUAAAAAAAAUAUACUCCAUCCUUUUUAACUUUGUAAACGAGGAAAUCUCACGUUAAAAGAACGUUCAGAAACAUUGGAACUGACUUAAAAACUCACCGUUAUUCAAUUAAUCAGCUAACUGAUUACAAAUUCGUCGUCCAGAAUUGAGAUAGAAUUCCCACAGCCGAGAAAUUACUACGUAAUUUUGGUGUAGAGCCAUUGAGUCCUACCUUAAAUAAUUUGUAAAGCUUUAUAAUUGGAAUUUAAACAAAAUUCAUAAAAAUUUGUUAAAGAAUCUGGUAAGAUGCACCUCUGGAAAAGAAUAGUUUUCAUCGGGAUCGGAUUUUUUGAGUCGCUUACAGUCACCGGAAUUAUCUUUGGGUGGCCCGCACUCGUCCAUGUGUUUCAACUGGAAGGGAUUUUUUCCCAUUUUUGCCUUGAAGACGCCAAAUCUCAGGGCGAAUAUAAUACUAAUGGGACCGAAUUCGCAAACACGAGUGAUACUAAUUCUUCAAUUAUAAUCCGAUGUCCUCGGCAAGAUAACAUGUUUGGACUUUUGUACUCGUUGAUGAUUGCGAUGUAUGGAAUACCAAGUGCUUUAGUCGGGUUUUCACUGGAUUAUGCAGGAUUACGGUUUACCCGAGUUACGAGCGGAGCUAUGAUGAUUGGGGGAUUUAUUUGGGUCGGAUUAGCCACUGCAGCGAAUCCCUGGAUGGUGUGGCCUGGCAUGUUGUUAAUUUCAUUUGGAUCUAACGGAAUGCGUUUGAGCUCGCUUCAAUGCGGAAAUGCCUGGCCGGCAAAACGUUCCACUAUAAUGUUUUGCUACACAUCUGCUCAUGCAGCAUCAACCCUGGUGUUCCUCAUGUUUCAAUACGCCAACGCUGCAGGGAUAUCGCUACGUUCCACUUCAUUCGUAAUGUCUGCCGUUUGCGGGAUAACAUUAAUUUCGUCCUUCAUCCUACCGAAAAUGAAGGUUGAAUACCAGCCAAAAUUGUCCCUCGGAAAUAAUGAAGUUAACGACGCUGACAAUAAUUCCAUCCCCUUAAAUAAAAUCAACACGGACACUGAAGAGUCUAAAGGUAACCAGAGUCCCUCUGGGAAGGAGCCUGAUGUCAAAAUUCCACUAGGUCUGUCCAUCAAAACGAUGUCCUUCGUUUUCCACAAUGUCUGGCUGGUCAACAUCUACAUGACGCGAUUUUACGUGACGAGCUUCAACACGUGGGCCUGGAAGACGACGGACGAUCCAAACCAGAUUGCUUUUUACAACUCAUUUUCUGGAAUAUGUCUCAUAAUCUCGCCCUUCAUAAAUCCCAUUGGUGGACUGAUAACGGAUUUUAUGACGAAACGAGCUGACAAAAAGAAUGACCCUAUCGAAAGAUUGGCUGCAAAAUUUCGCGCACCCGCUUUUGUCCUUACAUUGGCGAGUGCAUUGACCUUAGCGGUUUACAUUUGCAAAAUAUCCUACUCGCCAAACGCCGUGUAUGUUUCGAUCGUUCUGAUAUCAAUUGUGAGGCCCAUUUCGAUCGCGAGUUUGUACUCGUACGUCCAAUUGCGGUUUUAUCCAGAGCAUUUCAACCGACUGACGGGAAUUUCCUACACCAUAAUUUCCAUCGUAGGUCUUCUUCAGUACCCACAAUAUUUAUGGUUAUUCAAAUCUGAAGAGUCUUAUCUUUGGGCAAGUUACACCUUCUGCUUCAUGAUCCUAUUGACCUUUAUUAGUCCGGGACAUUUAUUGGUUACCUCGCUUACACGAAAAUUUGCAGCGAAAGAAAUACGAAAUCGGAAAUAAGUUCAGUAGCACGUGUUAAAAUUUGGAAAAAUAAAUAUGUAAAAAGAAACGUGGUUGUGUACAUAUAUUUAAAUUCUACAAAUAAUAUAGUUUUGCAAUUAUUUUCACGAAGAUUUACUUAUUAUGUGAAUAAGGACGGAAAUUCUUUCCAAUUUAUGUCUUAAAAUUUAUAAUUAGAAAGAUAAAAAAUCAACUAACCUCUUGGGAAAUGGUUGGAAAUAGUUCUUUAAAUAAAUUUAUGUAAAAAA